GGCGAGCGGGCUGCGGGGUUCGGCACGUCCAUGGAUGUAUCUGCGGAUCCGUAUCUGCCCUACGAUGGCGGGGGAGGGGACGGCAUUCCGCUCCGGGAGUUGCAUAAACGAGGAACUCAUUAUACAAUGACAAAUGGAGGAAGCAUCAACAGUUCAACACAUUUACUGGAUCUUCUGGAUGAACCAAUUCCUGGAGUAGGAACAUACGAUGACUUCCAUACCAUUGACUGGGUUCGAGAGAAGUGCAAAGACAGAGAAAGGCAUAGACGGAUUAACAGCAAGAAGAAAGAAUCAGCAUGGGAGAUGACAAAAAGUUUGUACGAUGCAUGGUCAGGAUGGCUGGUAGUCACGCUAACUGGUUUGGCAUCAGGGGCAUUGGCAGGAUUGAUUGACAUUGCUGCUGACUGGAUGACUGACUUAAAGGAAGGCAUCUGCCUUAGUGCUUUGUGGUUUAACCAUGAACAGUGUUGUUGGGAUUCAAACGAGUCCACGUUUGAAGAGAGAGAUAAAUGUCCACAGUGGAAAACAUGGGCAGAACUAAUAAUUGGGCAAGCAGAAGGUCCAGGUUCAUAUAUAAUGAACUACAUAAUGUACAUUUUCUGGGCGUUGAGUUUUGCCUUCUUAGCAGUUUCUCUGGUGAAGGUAUUUGCUCCUUAUGCCUGUGGCUCAGGGAUACCUGAGAUAAAAACUAUUUUGAGUGGCUUCAUCAUCAGAGGUUACUUGGGGAAGUGGACUUUGAUGAUAAAAACAAUUACUUUAGUCUUGGCUGUCGCAUCAGGUUUGAGUUUAGGAAAAGAGGGUCCCUUGGUACAUGUUGCCUGCUGCUGUGGGAAUAUUUUUUCCUACCUCUUUCCAAAGUACAGCACAAAUGAAGCUAAAAAAAGAGAGGUGUUGUCAGCUGCCUCAGCAGCAGGAGUAUCUGUAGCCUUUGGUGCCCCAAUUGGUGGAGUCCUUUUCAGUCUGGAGGAGGUCAGUUACUAUUUCCCACUGAAAACUUUAUGGAGAUCAUUUUUUGCUGCUUUAGUAGCUGCAUUUGUUUUGAGGUCCAUCAAUCCUUUUGGUAAUAGCCGCCUAGUUCUUUUUUAUGUGGAGUAUCACACUCCUUGGUACCUUUUUGAACUGCUUCCUUUUAUUCUUCUGGGAGUAUUUGGUGGGCUCUGGGGAGCUUUUUUCAUCCGAGCAAACAUCGCAUGGUGUCGUCGACGCAAAUCUACGAAAUUUGGGAAGUAUCCUGUCCUGGAGGUUAUUAUUGUUGCAGCAAUAACAGCUGCCAUUGCAUUUCCUAAUCCAUAUACAAGGCUAAACACCAGUGAGCUUAUUAAAGAGCUCUUCACAGACUGUGGGCCGUUAGAAUCCUCCUCCCUCUGUGACUACAGAAAUGAUAUGAAUGCGAGCAAAAUAGUAGAUGAUAUUCCUGACCGUCCAGCAGGCACUGGAGUCUAUUCAGCUAUAUGGCAGUUGUGUUUAGCACUCAUAUUUAAAAUAAUCAUGACAGUCUUCACCUUUGGUAUCAAGGUUCCAUCUGGGUUGUUCAUACCUAGUAUGGCAAUUGGAGCAAUAGCAGGAAGGAUUGUAGGAAUUGCAGUGGAGCAGCUGGCUUACUACCAUCAUGACUGGUUCAUUUUCAAGGAGUGGUGUGAGGUUGGAGCUGACUGUAUUACACCUGGUCUGUAUGCCAUGGUUGGUGCUGCUGCCUGCUUAGGUGGUGUGACAAGGAUGACUGUGUCCCUUGUAGUUAUUGUCUUUGAGCUAACAGGAGGGCUGGAAUACAUUGUGCCCCUAAUGGCUGCAGUCAUGACCAGUAAGUGGGUAGGAGAUGCCUUUGGUAGGGAAGGCAUCUAUGAGGCACACAUCCGACUGAAUGGAUAUCCUUUCUUGGAUGCAAAGGAAGAAUUUACUCACACAACACUCGCUGCUGACGUUAUGAGACCUCGAAGAAGUGAUCCACCUUUAGCAGUUUUGACACAGGAUAAUAUGACAGUUGAAGACAUAGAAAACUUGAUCAACGAAACCAGCUAUAAUGGUUUUCCUGUUAUUAUGUCAAAAGAAUCGCAGAGACUGGUGGGCUUUGCUCUAAGAAGAGAUUUAACUAUUGCAAUAGAAAGUGCCAGAAAGAAGCAGGAAGGGAUUGUUGGCAGUUCCAGGGUCUGUUUUGCCCAGCAUACCCCAUCACUUCCAGCAGAAAGCCCUCGACCUUUGAAGCUCAGAAGCAUACUUGAUAUGAGCCCUUUCACCGUGACAGACCACACACCAAUGGAAAUAGUGGUGGAUAUUUUCCGGAAGCUGGGUCUGAGGCAGUGCCUUGUAACACACAACGGGAUUGUCUUGGGGAUCAUCACAAAGAAGAACAUAUUAGAGCAUCUCGAGCAACUAAAGCAGCACGUCGAACCCUUGGCGCCUCCUUGGCAUUAUAACAAAAAAAGAUAUCCUCCGUCAUAUGGCCCAGACGGCAAACCAAGACCCCGCCUCAAUAAUGUUCAACUGAAACCCAUAGCUGAGGAGAGAGAGGAAAUGGAAGAGGAGGUUCAUUUGUUGAAUAGCACAACACUUUAGUCUGGGGGAUACUUCCAAAACCAGAGACGAGAGCUGGGUUUUUGCAUAACAGUGCUGCUGGAAAUCAGGAGUUGGUCUGGGGGAGUAUGUGGCGAGGAGGAAGGCUGAUGGGAGCGUGGGAAGGGAGAGCUGCUGUCCUGCACUGGAUGCGUCCCGAGACGUCAGGUCUGCCAUGAUAGUGCAGUGGGUGAACCGUACGAGGUGGCGCAAUUCUCCAGCCCCAGCCUGGUGCUUCAGCAUUGAAGAGAUGUGUUACUAGUCCCUGUUUCUGGAGGGAUCGUUCUGAAUUGAGCUAUCUUUGGAGACUGAAAGGUCUUGCCCUUUUCACCAUUGAAAACUGUUGUGUUAACUCAUGAAACGUAUUAAUUAUUACACGUCACCUUUCUACAUUCCAGAAGAGCUUUAUUUCUCUCUCUCCUGAGCCGUAACAAAGCCUCUUUAAAAUUGGUGUGCCCUUUUGAAGCAGUUGUUUCUCAUAUUGAGAUGUACUGUGAGUUCCUGAGGUUCGAUCACAAGAAGGGAGGUUUUUCUUGUGCCAUUAAACGCGUGCGUUCGUACAUCAUUAAAUGCUUGGGGCAGUACAGAUCCACCGUGACAAAAACAGAUUGAACAGGUAAUACCUUGCAAGAACCAUGCGAGACUUCUUUCAACCCAUGUAC